CGCUGUACCGGCCGCGCGCCGACAGCGCAUCCGAACGAACGAAACGCCAACACCCGCACAUUGCCCGCGCGAACGUGUUUACAUUUAACCUCAUAUUUAUAUGACAAUUAUAAUUUAUAUAGUGUAGUGCUUAAUUGGAUUACUUAGUGUUAUUUUAGUUGUUGCUGAUCGCAUCGACCAGCGAACAUUUACUGGAAUACGGAAAAAUUUAAACAUGGCUGAAAAUGGAUACGGAAUGGCCGGACACAUUGGCAGAAUCCCGAACUACGGCAGAACACAAGUUAAUCCUAUGGGCAGCGUAGAACCACCGGCAUGUAUCCAAAACGCAAUGAUGACAAAGGAUAAGAAGCCAUUCACUUACACUCCCGGUGGUCUCGACUUGUCUCAGAUACGUACCCCGAGCAUGGCUAGAAGACUAGCCAGGCAGCGAUCAGACGAGCAAGAGAGGGCUUAUGUUCCACCAAAUAUGAACAAUGGCGGAAACUAUAAUCCUCAAGGCGGACCAGCUCCGCCGCCACCACCCCCGCCUCCGCUUAAGAUACCAGCACCACCACCGCCACCACCGUUGAUCAUAGAAGCACCAAACGCAAAGGCUGUAAAACCUGUACUUCUUGGUGAAAGGCCUGAAAUAGUAAUACCGGAGAACCCAAUAGGUAUGUUACGAAAAACAAAUAGCCCAUAUCACUGGGAAGCUGAGAAGGCGGAAAUGCAACGAAUGGGACCAGUGCCGAAGUUUGCAGAAAAGGUUCCGAGUCCAUUGACAGUGAAGCUCCCUAUGCAGCAAAUGCAACAGAACUAUUCUCCACCGGAACAAAACAUGCAGAGGCGAAAUUAUCCUUACAACCAAAGUAAUCAAGCACCCGACAGUCCUAUAUAUAGACCUGAAGCUCAGUAUGGUAAUCAAAGACCAAAUUCCGCGAAUGUAAAUGGGCCGCCACAAACGAGAGAAAUGUUAGUGAGACAAGAUUCGCAAUUUAACAAAAGCCCCCAACCCUUCGCGGGACAAUCACCUCUGUCUAAUGGCACGCCAUAUUCUCCGACACCAAACAACAAUUGGCGGCAACCGGAAAAGAGAGAUUCUCCUGCAAACAAAACGAGUAGUCCUCUCUCUCAGCAAGGUAAUCGCGGACCCUUUUCACCGGCAACUCAGCAAAGUUCACCAAAUUACUCUAAUCAAUCACCACCGGCUUUCCACACUCUGCCUAGAGUUGGUCAAAGAAGUCAAGAACCCGUCAGCAAUAAUUUCCAACAACCACCGGUACAACAGAAUACAAGUGUGGACCAAUCUAAUUAUGCGCCGUGGCGGACGAACACCUUGAACAGGUAUCCACGAGGAGGUGAGAAUCAGCCAAAUAAUGCAAACAGUCAAAAUGUAAAUCAACAACAGGCUUACAGUCCGCCAUGGAAAUCUAAUGAUUCCAAUAACAACAGACCUGAAAAUAAUUACAAUCCUUCAUGGAACCAAGAAAACAAAGUUAAUUCUCAACAACAAUAUAAUCCACCAUGGUUAUCGAAGCAAGAUGCUAAUAACAAUAGAAUACAAGAAAAUUCCAACGUUAACUUCCAAAACAGAACGAACCCGUCGGCACCAAAUUCACAGGAACAACCUCUCUACCAGUCUAGUAUUUCGAUUCCUGUCUACGGUAAUCAAAGAAAACAAAAUUCACAAUCUGAAUACAAGAGCUCUCCACAAAAAGAAGCUGUAUACGUUAACCAAGAACCAGUAUUUUAUUGUUCCGACAGCCCCAAGACAAUGCCACCAUGGGUAAAAACACAAAAGGAGAAAACUAAAACUCCACCUCCUGCCUGGUGUAACAGACCAUUAGAACAAAGAAGAAGUAUAACCAGAGAUUUAAUAACUCCACCAAGAGACACAAAUCAAGAGCCUGAAUGGGUAAAAAAGAGUAAUGAGAUGCAAAGGGGAAUUCAGGAAGCUGGAAGUCCGCCAAAAUAUCAGCAAACGGCUCAACCAAAUUGGUCUACGCGUCCUUCUGAAAAUCGUAAGAGUUUACCCAAAGAUAAUGCAAGCAGUACACCGGGUGCUAGGAUAAUACCUAUUCAAAUGGAAGUAUCGAGUACAGAGACGAGAAACCAAGCAAAACAAGGUGACCGUCAGCCGCAGCUAAGAAUAGUAAUUGAUAUGAAGCAGAAUCCUGAAAGUCAAGCCCACGCACAGGCGCCAUACUCUCAGCCAACCCAACGUAUUAUGAGAGUGCUGUCGCCGCAGCUGGUUCGAAUGGAUGAAGAUUCCAGACCCCAGCAACACGAACUUCCAACAUUAAAUCGACAUUUUAGCCAGGAUAGUCAGCCAAAGACGCGUAUUAUCCCUAUACAAAUUGAAAGUGGUAAUGGCGGGGCAAAUAAAAGCUUCGGUGGGCGGUACUAAGGGAGCUGUUUGCACUGGUCCAAAAGUGCUCUACCACAAAAUCAGUCGGGAAGGUUCACCGCAGCAGUCUAGAACAUUCAAAGUGCUGCAAGCUAUGACCAACACGCAAGAUAUAGGUUUCGUUUAUCCUAAUAAUGUUAUUUAUACUGAUUUUUAAUAACAAAUUGUUAACCAUUGUAUAAGCUGUUCUGAUUGUUCACCUUUCUACUUUUGAUAUUGGUGUAUAUAUAUUUGAUUAUGGUUAUACAAAGGUUUUUUUUUAUUUAAACGACAUUUUGUUAUUAACCAUGCAAGAUAUUUAUAUUGUUGAAUAAUAUAUUUAAUAAAUAACAGAAUAAUACAAAAACGCGCGGGUUUACUUGUGAGAUAAUAUAUAUUUUUUGUAAUAUAUUAUAUAUAUUUGUUUUAUAUAUUUAGUGUUAAAAUAACGUAACUAUAAGAACGAAUAAAAAUCAGUGGCGAAAAUACGCAUGCUUUUUUGUGAUUUUACUAAUGCUCGUAGAAUAUAAUAUACAGCUAACUUACCAAAGAAUUGUUAUAUAAGUAUUGUUUAGCUAAGUUUAAAUAUAAUUAAUCUGUUAGAAGUAAAGGUUUAAGUAAUUAUAAAAAAAUGCAACCGCUGAAGUCCAAAGAGAAUUUAGUGUGCAGAAAACUUUUAACACAAAUAAUGUUAAUUGCGAAAACUAACUUAUAAUUGAUAUUAAUAUAUAUGUAUAUUUAUGUAUGUAUUGA